UAAAAAUUUAAAGGAAAAAACAGUACAGAAAGAUAUAAUAAAAGCCUACUUCCCCCUUAGUCUCUCAAAUACAACUGUUGAUUUUGUGCACGCUUCAAGGACCACGUAUCCUUAGAGACUGUCACAGACACGUACAUUCCAUUGCUUACCUCCGUUCCCUAAAGGGUGCACUGCAAAUACCAAUCCGCACCUCAGUUUCUCUCUCACACCCUUUGCAUGCCUGUAGCUUCACUUCACCACUGAUGGUGUCAUUGUACAAUCCCACAGCCAUAAUCAUGUUUGAUGCUUCCCUGUUCAGUGAUAAAUGACAGACAUCUUUCAAAAAACUAUCUUCUUGUAGUUUCUUUAAGGUAAUUUCCCAACAGCCAAAAUGUGGGGUUGGGAGCACGUGAUUCUUAAAAACCCUCACUUUUCCCCUCUGGCUGUGGGGAGGAAACGAAUUAAUAGUUAGAUUUUGGUGCUCCUACUUCCCUUUUUUGACUGAAGAUGCACUUGUGUUUUAGAAGAGCAGUUUCCCAGAUACUCUCACUGGAGCUGGUGAGAGCUGUGCACUGGCCACUGUGAGAGCAAGAGCCAGCUGCUACCUGUGAGGAAAUGCCUCCGUCAGUCUCGCCCUGGGUGGUCUUCACGCUGCUGUGGCUGACUCUACCGGUUGUGACUCCUGUCAGUAGACAAUAUGAAACUGUACCCAAAUCUGUGAUUUCUCUUGAGCCUUCAUGGACCACUUUCUUUCAAGGAGAGACAGUGACUCUGACUUGCUAUGGAUUUGGCUUCAACUUACCCCAGAAAACAAAAUGGUACUGGAAUAGCAAAAUAGUAGAAGAAAUCCAAGGACACACCUUCAAAGUCCGCGUGUCUGGAGUGCACCAGUGCCAAGCUGACAACUUUCAUAUAAGCAUCCCUGUGCACGUGCGCUUUUCCAAAGAUCCAUUGGUGCUUCGAGGCCCACCUGCUGUGUUUGAGGGAGACUCUGUGGUUCUGAGGUGCGAUGCAAAGAAAAGUACAUCACAAAAGAUCCCGACAUUUUACAAGAAUGCAGUCCCUCUGCAAUCAUCUGGUCGAAGUUCUGAGCUCGUUAUUCAGCAUGCAGAUCAGAGGGCCAACGGUCAAUACCACUGCACUAAGGAGAGGUUUUGGUCCAAAAUUUCUUCCAAUACAGUCAGAGUCCAAGUCCAAGAAUUAUUCCCACGUCCUGUGCUGAUGAUCAGACCGUCUGAACUCAUAGAUGGAAGCCCAGUGACACUGGCCUGUCAGACUCAGCUCCCUGCACAGAAGUCAAAUGUCCAGCUCCAGUUCUGUUUCUUCAGAAACCUCCAGGCUCUGGGGUCAGGCUGUCGCAGCUCCUCAGAGUUUCACAUCCCUGAAAUAUGGACUGAAGAUGCAAUGUGGUACCAGUGCACUGCAGAAACAACAGAUGCCCAAGUAAGCAAACGAAGCCUGCCAAUCAGAAUUACUGUACAGAGGGCUUUUGCAGACUUCCAAAUACACAUCGUCCCAGCCUCAAGGUUAGUGUUUGAAGGGCAGUUGCUGUUAUUCAACUGCUCAGUAAAAGGGGUCCCAGGGCCCAUCACACUUUCCUGGUACAAAAGAGACAAGCUGAAUAAGGAAACAAAGAUCACUAAGUCCUCAGAGGCAGAAUUCAAGAUCUCCAGGGUAAACAGCAGUGACGCGGGGGAUUAUUACUGUGAAGCCAACAACAGUCGCCGAAGCUUUGUCAGCAAGGCAGUCACCAUCACCGUAAAAGUUCCAGUGGCCCGCCCUGUCCUCACACUCGGGGUCCCUGGAGCCCAGACUGUGGUGGGGGACAUGCUAGAGCUUCACUGUGAGGCUCUGCGAGCCUCUCCUCCAAUCCUGUACCACUUUUAUCACCAAAAUGUCACUCUGGGGAUCAGCUCGGCCCUUUCUGGAGGAAGAGGGUCCUUCAACUUUUCUGUGACUGCAGAACAUUCUGGAAACUUCUUCUGUGAGGCUGACAAUGGUCAGGGGCCCCAGCGCAGUGAUACUCUGACUCUGAGUGUUAUAGACACAACCAAGAACAGAAGAGUUCCUGUGGCUGCUGGAGUCGCCGGGGGACUGCUCGCCGUGGCUGGCACGGCUGCUGGUGUGCUGCUUUAUUGCUGGUUCUCUAGAAGAGCAGGGGGAAAGUCUGCCUCUGGUGACUCCAGGAACCCUUCAUAUUCAGAAUCCCAGGAGCCCACCUAUUACAACAUACCAGCCUGUACAGAACUGCAUCCAGUAUACAGCAAUGGUGAGGACAAGGGCUGUCCAGUCUCUGGUUUGGCAGAAAUCACAGGAUACAUGUUAGAACAGGCUCAGGAAGAUGGUAAAGCCUCGAGGGCUAUAAUCCUUCCAUAGAGCAAACUGG